AUGGAGUUUAGCAAAGUGCUCUCGAGCGAGAUUAAGCGCCAGAAACAAACGCUGGAAGAGCCCACCAAACAGGACUCGUCCCAAGACGAAAAACAGGCGCUGCGGGAUCCCAAAUCGGACUCGGAGUUUUCGUCAGAUGUGCCAUCGCAAUCUGAAAAAGUGUCUACUAAAGAAAAGGCACCUGCACCAGACGCACCGGAAAUCAAGCCCCAAAGAAGAUCCAAUCAUGCCACACUGGAACAGAUUCCCGUUACGGCGUUUUCGAUCAGGAAAAUCAGCAUCAGAGACGAUCCCAAACUAAUUGCUCAACAAUGUCGUGAUUACAUCAAAUAUUUACUUGGGAAAUGGGAAGCAGCCAAUUUGCAACACUCAACCGUCGAUCUUGUAGAGACUAAAAAAUGGCUGUUUCCGUUAUUGGUGAAAUUGCGAAAACAAAGCCUUCCGUUGGAGCAACUGACGAGCUUGGCAACCAUAAUGUACGAGCUACAACAGCAUAACUAUAACCACGCAAAUGAGGCAUAUCUCAAAUUAAGUAUAGGCAAUGUUGCAUGGCCCAUCGGGCUUACAAAUAUUGGGAUACGAGUGAGGACAGGACAUUUGAAGGUGAAGGAAAACACAGGUACCAGUAACAUCAUGAAGGAUGAACAAACUAGGCAAUGGAUUUUGGCCAUAAAGAGGAUAAUAACCUUCUGUGAAACAGCAGGAACUACUUUGGGCAUUUAA